AACACAACAGGCUUCCUGUGUCUUCAGAUUAACGCUUUGCAUUGCAUCGAUACGGGAAUAUUAAUGGCAUAUUCUACAAGAACGUACAGUAGGGUGACAGUAGGGUGGUUUGUCUCAGGAGGUCGCGUGGUGUGAACGUCCGGUGCGCGUGUAAAAUGACGGUCUCGGGUGAGGAAGGCAGAGCAGAGCCACAACUUCACUAGGACUGGACAACAAGCAGUGCAGUGGGGAUUCCUGGGGACUGGUGUCUCUCCUAAAAUACUUCAGGUUGUACAACCACGGCUUUAUCAGCAACAAAUCAAAUGGCAGCUUCGGAGAAAACACUCAUCUACCAAGAAGGCUCCCAUUCGUUUAAAAACUUUCUUUCCAAACGGGAUAUGCGCCUGAUAGCCGCACAAGAAGAGUCAAAUUAUGUGGAUAUCAACGACCUGCUGGAACUGAAAUUUGAUGAUACAAAAACAGUGAAAGUGACAUUUGAAAACUCGGGUCCACUGGCAAUAAUUAAAGACAUUGGUGGCAUGAGCGAUUCACAAGGAGAGCACAAACCUUGCACUGAAAAAGUAAAUGAAUCUACUGAACAUGAAUGCACAAUGAAGGAAUGCGUGGAAAAGUCGAGCUCUUUUGAAACAGCAGCUUUUGAAAUACAUAAAGUCGAUAAAAACGACACGGAAUGUACCGAGGAAACAGAACAAGAGCCCAAAUCCCGAAAUUUGGAGACGCAGAGCACAGGAAGCAAUAACCAUGAACAAUACAAUGAUGUUUAUAUGAGCAGCAGAAGUGAAUCGGAUGAUGAGGUCACAGUGGUGCUUUCGGAUCAAUGCACGCCUGAAAUCCGUGAAGAUGAAUCGCACUAUAUCACAACCCACGAAAUCCAGCUUUUGGAGUUGGACCACGAUACGGAUUACGAUUUUGAGACGGGAUCCAGCUGGGAUAUCGAGGACGAUCUCCAGGUCUACUCGUUUGUCGAUUAUGCGUCUUUUGACAGUGAUGAAACGAUAGGUGCAAAAGAAAGCAAACAGGCUAAUGCGAACGAGGCAGUGGACAGCAGUAAGCCUGAAAGCAAUCUCUGUGACGCGGACAAAUGUGCCAGCUCAGAUGAGGGCCUGUCAAAAAAGCAAAAAAAAGCAGCUGGGCAGAUUCACCUGUCAAUCAAAGCCACUUCCCGCGCUGUGAAUGAGCCAGGCAACAUCCAAGAACAUGCAAAAGGCAUCAGCCGCUAUGUUUUGAGAGGAGUGGAUGCAAGAGGUGACAAUGUGUGUGAUAACGCAAAGUGUUUCAUUGCUGUGCCGGGGCGCUUGCACUUUGGCAGCAAACUGAAAUGCAAAGAUGUGAACGACUAUUCCAGCGGUGCGUCCAGCGCGAUGAGCGAACUGGAUGACGCCGAUAAGGAAGUGCGCAAUCUCACAGCCAGGGCAUUCAAAAGUUUGGCGUACCCAUAUUUUGAUGCCAUAAACUUUAGUACUUCUAGUGAGUCUUCUGCUUCAGAGCAUGGGCUGGGAAUCAACAGGUGGUCCACGUUUGUUGACCUAAAGUAUGGCAAAGCGAGGGAUCAAAACCUAGCAGCACAUAAAGGCUCCACAUCCAAUUUCCAUUUCGCCAAAAAGAGGGACGGUAAGGAGAUAACGGGCUUGACUUUGACUAGCAUGCGAGCGCCCCCAGUCGAGAUAUUUGCACUGAACGGCAGUUUGAUGAGCCGCAAAAACGCAUCGACUACCACAAAAAAGGCUGAGCUCAUGGGGAAGUUUUCACAGGGGCAAAGUAACCUCAUAAGACUGACCGAAACGCUCAAUUUUCGAUGCAAUGUCAAAUCCGGGCAGCCUGUAAACGAAAGCACUGGAGGAUCACGUUCCACAGAUGAAGUUACAAACACCUUGCCAAGCGCUCAAGUGAGUGAGGCCAGCAAACAACUCUGCAAUGCAGAGGAAACCAUGGAAGACACACACAAGAAAGCCAUAUUCGCAUCGAGUCUCCUCAAAAAUGUCAUUUCUAAGAAAAUGCAGUUCGAGCAGGAGCGCAAAAUGGAGAGGGGCGAGAUUUGCGAGGCGCACCACGCGCCCUCCCCGUGCCUCGGGACGCACGAAGCGCACAGAGAGAAAACGGCCAAGAAAAAUUCCAAAGGGCUGCAAAGGCAAAGCUCGAAAUUCUCAGAAGCCGACUCCGACUUCACGAUCGUCUGCGUGGACGAUCUGGGCGACAUAGUAGACGGUAAUUCAAGCGAUGCCAAAGACGACGGGCGCAAAGAAGAGCCUUUGACGAGUGCAUCAGAAACGAAUUUAGAGUCGGCGAAUGAUACUAAAAAAGGAGCAUUCGAAGCAUCCAAAAGCACGCUGCUUCGAAGCCAAAAUAGCGCGUUCAGAUCGUGGAGGGACGGCGAGCUAGAGUUUCAAAAGGAACAUAAAAACGACAAAACUCCUGAGGAGAAACCGCUCCGCGAGUGUCCGGGGGAAACCAGCUUCAGCGUCGAUUCGGCGAGCGGCAAGCACACCAAAAUGUCACAUUUGUUUGUGCCAAGCAUACAGCUUCCGUCCGCGGACCGGGAUCUCAGGAAACCGCCGCCGAGUGGGAAUACCUCCGCGCGCGAUCAGGCUUUGAAGUGGCGCUCAGACACGCUCUAUGUGUCCGACGCCACACGCAGUGCCGUGACAGCGAAAUCGCCAGAAAUCAAAAUAAGUUUGCGGAGCGUUAGGGACAACAAAAGCGACCCGUUCAAUAUCGCGAAGCUACUGACUCCCAAUUUAGGCUGCAAGACAGCUGAGGACAACAGGUGCCAGGCGCUCGCCGUGGCUUUCAAGGGUGAGUCGUCUGACAAAGUGCCUCACUUUAUAGUCAGAGACAUUAGAGAUAACAAAGGCAAGUUACAGACCCCUAUUCACCAGGUUAGAGACGUGCGUAAACUGGUUAAGAGCUCAUAUCACUUUGUGGCUUUAGAUAACGACAACAAAUCUAGCCACUCGACUUGUGAUGGAGAGCACAAGACAUUGAAGCAGAGUCCUUAUCUGAACUCAGCCUCUCUUUCACCCAUAGUGAUUAAAUGCCAGUCUGUGAAUACAAAUAGCAAUGUGAAGCAAUCCGGAAAUUUAAUAGACCCCCCCAAGAGACGAUUUCCAGAGGAUAUGGUUGAGACAGACAGGUCCUCCCCUCACGUUGCUGUAGCUAACAGGCUGCCAAAGCAAGAAGUGCCAGCUGGAGUGAGAAUUGAAACAAGCACACAAAAACAAGAUAAAUCGAGCGACACAGCCGAGAAGAAAGGCGAACCCAAAAUGGCCAACCAGGCUGCUUUGGAAAAAUUGCAAGCUGCUGUCAAAACGAUGGAGCAGCUGUAUGUUUUUGACAAGAACGAGUGGAAGAGAAAAACAGAACCACGGCCGAUAAUGGACAGCCACGUGCUUUCGCUCAUCACCAAUGAGAAACACAGCGUGGACGAACAGGAAAGCACUUCUAGCUCCACUCCGGCUGCUAGAUUGCUAAGACAAAAUUCAAACUCAAACCUGAAUGAGAUGCCACCUCAAAAAGAUGACAAGUCAUCAAGCACUCCGAUCGCACGGGAAGAUCAAAAAGGCCCUAGACCGCUAAUGCAGCUCACAGCAAUGCCGUGUAAGAACAUAAGCCAGAAACCAUUAGCUACAAAGACACUGCAAACGCACGUUGCAUCACCAGCGACUUUGAGCUCCAAGGGUGUUCCACCUAAAUCUCAGAAAAUACCUGUUUCUCUGAAGAUAACGCAGCCAAAGCGUGUACUAGAAGAGCGGGAGCGGCCGAACGGCAGUGAGACUGAGUUUGCCCCGCUGCAGUUCACUUCCACAGCAGAUUCGGAGAACUACCUAACCAUACCAGUGAAGCCUCAAGCAACACCUGCCAUAAAGCCAACCAUGUCUGGAUUGGGCAAAACAGCUGUUUAUACAAUCCCAACUGGAGGAGGUAAAGCCCAAACAGCCAGUCCGCCUUCUUACCUGAUUCACAGUGACACCAGAGGCCAUCCGUCACCAAAACGUUCAUCUUUUGUGAUGGAGACACGGUCCCCAGAUACCCCUUCUGCUGCUAUUUACCACACACCCCUGCCUGUCCCAAUGCAAGCUGCGCAGCCUCAAUUCAUUUGCUUCUCCCCUACAGUACAACCCUCCCCCAUCCCGACAGAUCACUUCCAGGCAACCCAAAGAAAGAUGCUGCUGGAUCCCACCACGGGAAACUACUACUUGGUGGACACUCCGGUGCAGCCAUCAACCAGGCGUUUUUUUGACCCGGAAACCGGGCAGUUUGUGGACGUCCCCAUGCCACAGCAGCCUCCCAUGACCCCUGUCCCAAUGCCAAUAUCCCCUCUCGCUCUCGGCCCGGGAGCUUACGGCCAUACCUACAUGUUUUACCCGGGAUACAUGCCAACCGCGAUGAUCCCCGCACGCACUAUUCCGUCCCAGCUCUCUAUGCAGUCAGAAGCAGAUGAUGGGGAUAAAUCCCAUUCACACAUGGGUCAGCAGGAGGAUGGAGCUUACAUGGAGAGCCCUUAUUAUAUGCCAUCUGGAAAGCUGUCGCAAACAACCUCCAUGGCUCAACAUGUUAAAUCCAGCAGGCUGGCCAACAGCAAGCAGCCUGUCAUCAGCAUCACCUCCCAGCAAGGGCCAAGGAUCAUCGCUCCCCCCUCCUUCGAUGGCACCACCAUGAGCUUUGUGGUGGAGCAUAGGUAAAACCCCACUCACCUACAGCGAGCCACAUGACGCCAUCUUUUCACUGAUUUAGUUUUUUGGCUGAACUCAUUUACUAUGUUUUGGAAUCUCCUUCAUCAUCUUCAUCGAGAAAUCGCAUUAUUAUUUGUGGGCCGCUUGUUUCUGCUCAUUAUCCCACUCACUUCAUUUUGUGUUAGAAAACUGUUCUGUCUGUUUCUCAGAUCUUUGUGGAAGUGGAUGGAUUUUUCUGCAUUGGAUUUUUUUUUUUUUUAAAGAAUGCAUUAACUGUAUGGGUUACUGUAAAAAAUCACUUUAAGCACCUUCAGAAUAAUGUCAGUCAAAUACAAAGUACAACAGCUAGGGAUGCACAGAUUAUACAAUUCUCAUGAUCAUUAUUUUCAUGCUAUGGAUGUCAACUGGUGAGUAAGCAACUUUAUUAUACUAUUUCAUCUAAAUAAAUUGAAAGUAAAAGCAUAACAUGUAUAAUUUUGUACGCUUGAAGUGGAUUUAGGCAUCACACCAGUUUAACAUACAGUAUGAAUUUAUAUUCAUUUUGAGAUUUGGUAAACAUUUAAUUGAACAGUAUUAUUAAAUGAUGUGUGUUUUUUUCAAGACUAAUUUUGAGUGAGCAUUAGAUGAUGUUAAAUGAAAUCCAAAUGUAAAAAAAUGCUAAUGUGUGUAUACACAAUUAUAAAUCCAAUAUCAGGAUAUAUCGAUAAAAACCUUCUCCAUUAUAAACAGGCACUUACCGUAAAUUGAUACUGUUGUUAAAGCUGAUAACAGGUUCUCUAUAUAAAACACCAAAAGUUCUCCUUCUAUCCAUCAUUCCUUGAUUGAAGCUCUUCUCCUGACCUUGAAUCUCAGCACUCUUUCUUGAGAGGUGUUAUGUGAAAUGAAUGGAUUGCAUUACAAUUUUAUAUUGUAUAUAUUUUAUACAAUAUAUAAUAUAUAUAUAUAUUGUUUUUUAAGGUAGUUUUUCUGCUGGUAUUGAAUAAACCACCUCAUUAAAACACACAAAAAUGUGUGGCUGAUGUGGUGAAUGGUUUUAGGGGACUGUGUUCCUCUAUUACCUCACAGUACCGGUAUAGUGUAAGUGUGUGAGAGAAUGUGUUUACCAUUUCAUUUUGAUUUGGUAUUACAGUUUCAUCCCUUUCGGCUUCAGUGCUACAGGAUCAAGGUCAGGUGAAUUGAUUUCAGGUGAAGAAAUGACAGAUAUUAGCAGAACUUUACUGUAUUUUGAGUAAAGAAACUGUUCUACAAAACACAACCAGACAACCAGUUUCGUGUCAUAUCAAAUCACCAAGGUAUUUUUUUAAAGGAAAAAUCAGCUGUACCUCAGCUCCAAAAGAGUAAUCUGUACAUGCUGAAGGGUAUUUUAAACUACAGUAUACUUGUUUAUUUUCAAUGUGUGAUUUCUCUUUCAGUCAAAGUGUAAUCUGAAAUCUAAUAACUUUGUGAUAUCUCUUAAGAUAUAUUACAUUUUCAUUACAGUAAUAAUAGUUCACUCCAAAAUGAAAAUUUACUAACAAUGUACUUUAAUAAUAAUUAGUUUUUUUCCUUAAUUCGAACAGAUUUGGAGAAAUUUUACAUUGCAGCACAUGCAAAACAGUAGAUCAUGUUGUGAAUGGGUGCCGUCAGAAUUUGUGGAGUAUAGUGAAGUUUUUAUGAUUUUUUUUUUUUUACUUUAGUUCUGACAGCACCCAUUCAAUGGUGAGAAGUGACGUAAUGCUACAUUUCUCCAAAUAUUUUUUGAACAUUAUUCUGAACCUUUUUAUAACAGAGGCAAUACAUUUGGAUCCUCUGUUUUAUCUUUUUUUGAUGCACAUAGCUUGUAUAAUUGUGAAUUCAUUCAUUAUUUCAGCUGUUGGAGCUGCUGGCCAGUCCGUUAAGCUGUCAUUAAGAACGUUUGGUGUGUCGUUGUCUCCAGAUUAAUACCAUUCAGCACAUUUAAGUUCACUGUAAAGGCUAACUUUUCUCAAAGGUAUUUAAAAAAUAAAAGAUAUUAAUCUGUGAAACACAACGGCAUAAAUAUGUGAAAAUGUAUUUGUUUGGUAUGUGCUCUGUAUGUUGGUUUUGUUUGGUCUGUGCAAAAUAUGUUAAAAGAGCUCCUAGUGAUGUAAUCAGGAGUCACUUAAUGUCAUAAGACAACAUCUGAAAGUUGAAUGUUCCUUUAAUGGCCAUUACUUAAUCAUAAGCAAUCACUGUUUUAAAAGCUACACCUAAAAAAUAAUGUUUAAAUGAUGACUAAGUUAUGUUGCAAUGGUUAGAAGUAUGUGUGAAGAUGGACAGGCGACAUAUUGGAUGAGAAUACGCAUUACAGCGUUUUAGAAAGAAUAAAGACUGAGAUUCAAAACAGAGGAAUGCAAAAAGGGAGAAAUGUUAUCUGAUUUGACAUUACAGGAAAAAUAAAACAUUUUUCUUGAUAUCA